AAGGGGCCCACUUUGAGGGCCACGCCUAUGGCUUGAUCAGCCACUGCUAUCUCACCUGUUAUAAUUCCUUCAGCAUCCCGGAACAAAUAUUGUGGGUUUGGCUUUGCAUACUCUGUACUCCCCAUUCGCUCUGACACGACUGAGAUUACAUUUUCCCCUGAUCGGACUCCGAGGUCUUCAACACUCAUUAUUGUUUCGUGUCACGAAACUCUAAUCAAUUUAGCCCAGAGAUAUCGACGAACUUCUGAAGGGGAAGGGCAAUAGCAUACCAGAGAUGUUUUCGAACAAAAGCUGGAAUCUGGCCAUUACAGCGCCGAUCCAGCAGUUUGUAUUUUUGGUCCGCUUGGCGCUCAUUCGCUGGAGGCUCGUUGGGGUUUUUUAGCGUUUCUGUGCCAGAAAAAAAACUGGACUGUAGUGACACACUUGCAUACCUGCAACCCGUGGUAGAAAGCAACACCAGGAAGAAGCGCCCGGAUUAAGAAAUACAAAAUCAAUUUGCUGUUUAUUUUGGUAUCCUUGGGCUUUUAUCAUGAUCGUUGUGAUCCUGCGCUUCGGCCUUGUAUGGCUCGGCUUCUCUGCUUGUCUUCUAAUGACCGUCACAGAUGCCAAUCUGCGUUACCUCCGCACCGUGGCCUUCUCGGCACAGCGAACCCAACGAGUCCCGGCCACCUCGCCCGAGGGAACCAUCGGACUGUACGGCCGGAUGGUCCGGCCCGACGCCAACCACUUCGACUCGGACAGCGGCGUGUUCACCGUGCCCAUCAAGGGUGUCUACGCCUUUGCGUUCACCUUCCACCAGGAGCUUAGCGCUGGCCCGGCUCCGCCCACCGCGGUCAAACUGGUCCGGGAGUCGUCGGACCGCUCCGUGAAGACGGACGUGGUGACAACCGAGGGUCCAUGGGCCCCAGCUGCAGGUAGGGCCAUCUCCGUACCCGGUGCCUCGGUGCUGUUGGAAUUGGAUAAGGACGACCAGCUGUAUCUGGUCACAUCCAAUCCGGUGGACGCCGGAGAUAACCAACCGAUUUCCUUCAGCGGUUAUUUAUUGACUAGAUUGUAGGAAGUUCAUGUCCAGAAUGUACUGACCUUGAUUGUCUCAACCUACUAAAACGACUGCGAUAGUUAACACAACGACCAAAAGUAUUAUUUAAGAUGUCCCCCUUUAUUAAGACAAUAAUUAAUAGGUUACUUAGCCAUUAAAAAUGUAUAGGGUGGCAUAUAAUCAGAGUCGAUAAGGCCGCAAAUGAAGCGUUUCUGCGGCGCCACCUUCCCAGCGUAUUUUGCAUGAGAGAACAGACGGCAACAAAACCAGCAACCCACCCAUUUCUCCUUCAUUAGUGUAUACAGAUAUCGUUAACAUUGGAUGUGCUCGUUUUCCUAAGUCUUGGGCCCUCACAUAUCAACUGGGUAUACUAUAGCCUAAAUUAAAAGCGGUUUUAUACAGAACUAAGGAUUACUUUAGAAACUGUCCUAUUUUCAACAACGCCGAUUAAACAAUAAAAUAGGCAAAAGCCCGCUGAGGGCGUUUUCUUUCCCCCGGUCUCCUGUUGUCUCUUUUAUUGGGGGGGGGGUCAUACGUGGACGUUUGUGAUUCAGUCCUUUUCCCAGCAUUAUAUAUGGCCAACAUCUGUAUUAAAUAGUCUGUUUCUCAUUCCCAGGGAUUGAAGUUACGGUAUUCAAGAAUUCAAUCAUGUUGACGAACUGCAACUCCUUAGUGCAACGUAAAUCAAAGCCUGACAGGCUCGUAAAUUUUCACCAACUUUCGAGAUUGAGAUAUAAUGUAUCGUUUUUUCCUGCAUAACAGAUUGUUGUGAAUAUUAAUUUCUGCUGCGGGCAAAUGUCCUCUGUACACUCACCUGGCCACCUCAGACCUCCUAAACCUUGAGUUUUGAACGCAGGAAGCACUUCAAGUAAUGGGCCCAUUUGGUAUGGGGUAACAGAGAAAGUCCCCCCCCCAAAAAAACCACCGAAUUUGAGCACAGCGUUGUAAAGACCAAGUCAAGACGUACUUGUAUUAAACACUUAAUCUGGGAUCCAUUUUGAUGUUUUGCAAACAGGUUUGUCUUUUAUACCUCAUUUUCCUGCUAUUCCUAAUGAUAAAAUGUCAGUAAAAUGAAACAGGAUUGCUGUUGUACACAGCAAAGGUCUGCAUUUCCUUGAAUAAAUACUUUGUUUAUUUCGA